AUGCUGGCCAUUCCUAUAUAUAUCCUAAUAUUAUAUGCACAUGAUGUUGCUUACACCAUAUCAAGGAAAUCACUCACUCCCACCACGAUGGUAACUGUUGCGGUAGUUGCUGCUGGUGCCAUGGGAUCGGCCAUUGGGCGGAGAUUGUCGCAACAUGGGUGCACGGUUUUGACUAUUUUAGAGGGACGUAGUGAUGCAUCUCGGCGUAGAGCAGCGGAUUGUGGGAUGGAAGAUGUGACUUUUAGUUAUAUCACGGAACACGCGGACUACCUUCUCAGCAUACUACCUCCAAGCCAUGCUUAUUCAUUCGCAGAACACUUCCUUCACAAGCAAACCUCGACGGCGGGGGGACUCAAAAGGGAUAAACAGGAUGGGCUCAUCUUUGUGGACUGUAAUGCGGUUAAUCCAGUUACAGUCAAGCGAAUCGGGGAUCUUUUCACUGGAGAAUCGACAAGAUUCAUCGAUGCUGGCAUCAUUGGCGGACCCCCCUUUGAGGAAUAUGACCCGACCAUCUACGCCUCAGCUUCGGAUAAGGAUGCUUUGGAGAAAUUCGGAUAUCUUUCUCAGUAUGGUCUAAAGAUCUCUCUGAUCAGAGGUGGAAAUGGCGUGGGAGACGCAAGUGCUUUGAAGAUGUCCUAUGCUGGGAUGACGAAGGGGACAACAGCGCUUUAUGUGACAAUGAUCCUGGCAGCACAAGCCUCGUCUCCAGCAACCACGGAAGCCCUCUUACACGAGCUUAGAGCUUCUCAACCCGAGUUUCUUAAACGAAUUUCGCGUGCUAUCCCGUCAAUGCUUCCUAAAGCUUACCGGUGGGUUGGAGAAAUGGAGGAGAUUGCGGGAUUCAUCGAAAGCCCUGAAAGAGAAACGUAUCGGGGGAUAGCAAAGCUUUACCAGCGAAUAGAGAGGUCCCUAGAAGAGGAGGAGGCUGCUGGCGAUAUCGCCGUGCUCAAAAGAUUUGCAGAAGCGGCAAGUAGAUAA